UAUUUAAAAAAAAACAAACAGUGAUGACAGUUGGUGACAGUGACAGUUUUGGUGUUAGUUUUUUGUGGUUUUUUGGUUAGAAUCACAGAAUUUAUUGUUUAUUGAGAGAAACUCAAGUGUGUUAUGUGUUUUUUGUGUUCCUCGCAAUAAUUUAAUAAUUGUCCGCCUUUGAGAAAUUCUAUGCUAUAAGCGUAAAGAAUUUAUUUUAUUGCUUUUACAUACAUUUUCUUCGAUAAACAUCAAAAUGUCUAUAGAAAUUGAAUCAGCUGACGUUAUACGGCUCAUUCAGCAGUAUUUAAAAGAAUCCAAUCUUACCAAAACAUUGCAGACUUUACAGGAAGAAACAGGUGUAUCUUUGAACACAGUGGACAGCGUAGACGGGUUCUGCGCGGACAUCAACAACGGGCACUGGGACACGGUGCUGAAGGCCACGGCGUCGCUGAAGCUGCCCGACAAGAAGCUCAUGGAGCUGUACGAGCAGGUGGUGCUGGAGCUCAUCGAGCUGCGCGAGCUGGGCGCGGCGCGCUCGCUGCUGCGCCAGACGCACCCCUGCCUGCUCAUGAAGCAGCACGAGCCCGACCGCUACAUCCACCUGGAGAACCUGGUGGCGCGGUCGUACUUCGACCCGCGCGAGGCGUACGGCAGCGGCGGCGGCAAGGAGCGGCGGCGCGCGGCCGUGGCGGCGGCGCUGGCGGGCGAGGUGUCCGUGGUGCCCAGCUCGCGCCUGCUGGCGCUGCUCGGGCAGGCGCUCAAGUGGCAGCAGCACCAGGGCCUGCUGCCGCCCGGGACGACGAUCGAUCUGUUCCGCGGCAAGGCGGCCAUCAGGGACGAGGAGGACGACCAGUGCCCGACCCAGCUGUCCAAGAUGAUCAAGUUCGGGCAGAAGUCUCACGUGGAGUGCGCCAGGUUCUCGCCGGACGGGCAGUACCUGGUGACGGGCUCGGUGGACGGGCUGGUGGAGGUGUGGAACUUCACGACGGGCAAGAUCCGCAAGGACCUGCGCUACCAGGCGCACGAGGAGUACAUGAGCAUGGAGGAGGCCGUGCUCAGCCUGGCCUUCGCGCGCGACUCGGACACGCUGGCGGCCGGCGCCAACGACGGCGCCGUGCGCGUGUGGCGCGUGAGCUCGGGCCAGGUGCAGCGCCGCCUGCCGCGCGCGCACGCCAAGGGCGUCACGUGCCUGCAGUUCUCGCGCGACGCCGCGCAGCUGCUGUCCGCGUCCUUCGACCGCACCGUGCGCAUCCACGGCCUGCGCUCCGGCAAGCUGCUCAAGGAGUUCCGCGGCCACGCGUCCUUCGUCAACGAGGCCGUGUUCACGCCCGACGGCCACGGCGUGCUCAGCGGCUCGUCCGACGGCACCGUGAAGCUGUGGUCGCUGCGCACGGGCGAGUGCGCCGCCACGCACAAGCCGCUCGGCGGCGGCGAGCCGCCCGUCAACUCGCUGCUGCUCACGCCCAAGAACCCCGAGCACUUCGUGGUGUGCAACCGCACCAACACCGUGCUCGUCAUGAACAUGGCGGGGCAGAUCGUGCGCUCGUUCUCCAGCGGGCGGCGCGAGGCCGAGGGCGGCGCGCUCGUGGCGGCGGCGCUGAGCGCGCGCGGCCGCCUGCUGUACGCCGCCGCCGAGGACCUCGUGCUGUACGCCUUCUGCACCGCCACCGGCAAGCUGGAGCGCACCAUCAACAUCCACGAGAAGGCGGUCAUCGGGCUGACGCACCACCCGCACCAGAACCUGCUGGCCACGUACAGCGAGGACGGGCUGCUCAAGCUGUGGAAGCCCUAGGCGGACGCGGCGCCGCGCGCGUUCGACUCGGAGCUUCCGCUUCCUUCGCGGGAGUACCGUUUUAUGAUACGAAGGAUUCCGUUUUUUUUGGUAGAAUUUAUUUUUUCAUGUUUUAUGAAAUAGUUUCAUUUUUAAGCUUCCGAACGAUUCAAAAUAGCUAUGUUCGGAUUAGGCUCACGGUGGUACGGACUGUAGACGGACCGGUGCUCUUAUCGAUCUGAUACGACUGAAUACAGACCAUAAACCGAACAAUAUACUGUGGUUAAAAAAAAAAUGGGCUACAACGAGUACUUUGUGUAUUAUAUUAGUCGGAAACGGAUGGUGCGGAGGGUGGAAGCGUUAGGCCCUUUACACACGUCCCGGUUGCCGGCUAACCGGCGCCGGGUACCCGGUCGUGAAGUGUAUGGGCAUGCCGGAUUAAUUACGCCGGAACAUGUGAAAGCUACGUACCAUGCCCAUACACUUCACCACCGGAUACCCGGCGCCGGUUAGCCGGCAACCGGGACGUGUGAAAAGGGCCUUACAGUCGAUGUUCGUGUGACACACAAGUGUGACAGCUCAAACUUAGAGGCCUUGCCACACUGGCGGCGGAUUACAAGCGGGUUCAAAGCGGAGCGGCGACGCUCCGGUGUUCGCUGCGUCGCCGCUCCGCUUUGAAACCCGCUUGCAAUCCGCCAGUGUGGCAGCUCACUAUAACUUACAUAAAUAGGCACUUCUGAAUUUUUCUUCUGUUAUAAAUGUAAUCAUCAACUAGGAUCAAAAAAGUAAACAUGCUAAUAUCGUGACAGUAAAUUAAAUACAACUGUAUCUCUGUUGUCCCCUUUGUUUAAAUCUAUGGUUUAAAUGCUAUGGUAAAAAAUAAUAAUAAAUUAGUGUAAGAGAA